UCACAACAUGAGUAAAAGAACAAGUAUGUCAUAUUUACUGUCGUAACCAGAGAAUACUGAAGUUAUAUUUUACGAAGAUGAAUUCGGAAGUGAACAGAGGAACAUCAUCCACAUAUUCAACGAAGUCAUACAGUUGUAAGAGUGUUUUGAAUAGCGGAUUUCUUGAUCUGAGUGAGUAUAUUCAACAAGGUUUUAGGACAAGUCCCGCGCUCGACGAUACACACAAGUGGAACUUUCAUAACUUUGUAUCUACCAUGUGUGAAAGUGUUUCUAUGUAUGACUUUGUUAUUCUUCCUAUGUACAACAUGUUUAUUAUCAACGUAUAUCAAGCCGUUGAAACAGGAUGGAUGACUAAAUAGCGUUGUGUUAUGAAUCCAUAUGGGACAAGAUGGCGGUGUAAGGGCAAAAACCACCCCGCACCUGAAAAAGGUCACGUAACUCAACCGUUUUUGCGGUUAGAUAGUACAGGUGAAAUUACAUCAGACAGUUGUUCGACUGACCGAUACAUAUCGGACAUGGGUACCCUAAUUGACUCAGCAUUGAAAUUACACGGACGAAUGGAACCAGUAACCAAUAAAGGGUUCAUGGAUUGCAGAAGUACAUCGAACGUUAUGCCAAUGAAUAUGGAUAGUGAUUUUCUGUUGAAUCAGAUAGAACAUAAAAGAACUAUGAAUCAACGCAAUAAAUCUUCACAAUGGGGCUCUGCUCCACAUUGGAGCUGUUAUAGGAAAGCAUCAUCCCGACCUAAUAGUUGUGCCUUUUCAGAUAUAAGAAAAUCAACUCACUUUUAUAAUCCUGAUUUCAAAAACUUUCAGUAUCAGAAAAAUGGAUUCCACCCAGCAAUGACAGGUAAUCACCUUGGACAGCGAUACUCAUAUAGAGCUUCUCCAAGACGUCAGCAUUAUGAUGGCCAUAGGCCCAACUGCAGUCCAAGAAAUUCAUUUCUGCCCAAUAGAGUCCCUAGUGAUUGUACUAAUUGGAGAAAAUCGUCACAAGAAAAAAGUUGGCGAGAUGAUUGCCAAGUCCAUUGUGACAAAAUAGAAAGUAAAUCAGAACUUUCUCAUAAAAGUGAUAGUUCUAGUCAUACUUUGAGACAUUCCAAAGAAGUCAAUGAUCAUGUUAAAGAAACUCAAAAACCUGUGAUAAACAUUAAAUGUGCAAUGCCAAAUCAGGAAAAAUUACAUGAAGACUUGCAUGUUAAAGUGGAAAAGCAUGAUCAGUCUGAAGUCCCUACCACCACAGACAAAGAAAAUGACAAAGGCAGCAAUGGACAAAAAUCUGCGUCAGUGCAAAUUGUGGAUUGGUUUGAAUGUGGUCAAUCAGAGGAGUUGGAUGGGUCAGAUAUUCCUCAGCGAAUUGGUUUUAGGGUUAGGACUCUCUCUUUGGACUCGGAACCAUCUGCUGACUCGUCUGGUGUCAACAACAAAACUUUACAACGAGAAACAUCUGUUUUAAGCGAUAUUUUCCAACCAGAUGACACAGUGUUUCAUGUAACAUGCAGGAUUCAGGAAAAGGAUUCAGUGAAUAAAGACAAAGACAGUGGAAAUUCCUUAGAAAUUCAAUCAAAUGAAAACCAGCCUGCCACAAAAGAUGAUCAAUGUGAUAGUGUUAAAAUGACAAUUACAGAUUCAAAACAAAGUACAAAUUGUGCAGAAAAGAAAAGUGAACCAUCACAUUUAGAUAAAGACUGUGAAAGAAGGUUUGUACUCUUGGUCAGAAACAAUAAUAAAAAAGGAUCAUGUCGUCCAUCAGCAAAGAAGCGAAGACGUUCAAAGGCUAGAAAAGAAGAUCCAACUGAAAUCCAGAGCUAUCAUAUAGGAAUUGGUUCCCAAAAAACUCAUUUCCAGGAAAAAAAUUGUAAAGACAGUUCUCAGACAGCAAGUGCAACUACAAAACUGGGGCCUACCAAUACUGUUGCUUUUGUACUCGGUAUUGAUUCAAACAACUCGCCUUCCAGUUCAAUGAAGCAACAUUCCUUUCUUGUGUCAUUUGAUAGUGAAUCUGAUAGUUUUUCAGAAAGCAGUGGUGAUGAUUUUUCUGAUAGUGAUGGUGAAGAUGAAGAUCAUGAACUUGACUUUUUUACUUGUCCAUUACAACUUAAUGUGAUUUGUCCAGUAAAUAAAACUUGCACUAAUGCUCCCUGUCAGGAACCUAGUCCUACCAAAAGUUUUGAAAGUGAAGAAAGAGAACAAGAAAUACUUGAUGUCAACAUUAAAUGGAACAUGAACUUUUCCAUUAGUCAUCAGGAAAAAUCUAAAACAAAGGUAACCUUUGCGGAAGGAGACAAGUUAUGUACAGUGUAUGAUGUGGAGGACGAGGAUAGGAAAGGACACUGGGAGGAAUUUGUUCGUGAUCGGGAACGAUUUCAACGACGGAUUGCUGAAGUAGAGGAAAUAUUAAAGCCUGUAUUAUCGACAGAGAGGAGAGAUAUUAUUUAUGAUAGAUAUUUUAAAACAGAAUUGGAGGGAUACCAUCUUGUGAAUGAUCAUUAGAUAUUAAGUUUAUUUUUAAUACUGUGAUUGAUACCAGUACAUCAUUUUGGGACACCUGCGUUGAAGAACUUGUUUCCUUUCUGAUUUUAUUUAUUUUGUUUGAAUAUCCCACUUACAAUGAUUUAUUUUAUAAAAGCUUAUCAGAUUGUUAAAUUCCUUCUUGAAAAACAGUUUAUUUAUUUUUUGCUUCAAAACAGUGGAAAUUGAAAUUAAUGUCAAGGAAGUUACGCAGAUUGAAGAUAUGAAAUAGUCCGCCUUGUUUCCAUACAAAUACUGCAUCAAGUAUCUCUUUGAUUCCAAUAUGAACCUCCUGACAACAGCAAAGAUGUUUAGUUAAAACAUUCUGUGAUGAUAGCAUUAGUAUUCUAUAAGAAUUCCCUGUAGUAUUAUUUGGGAUUGAUAAUGACCAAGACUCAAUUCUGAUUUAAAGAAAAGAAAGAUAAUUAAAAUAAGUUAUUUACGUCCUAAGAACAAGCGAAUUCAGGGUCAUUGAGACAACUUGAUGUAAUGGUGAAAAGCUGAAGAUAAAGGAAAAUGAAGGUGUGGUGGUCAUAAGUGGUUAGAUCUUGUGAAUCUUGAGAGAUUAAGAGCCUGUUUCUGUUUUAACAGGAAAUAGUUUAAUUUUGCAGGUUGUCAGGAAAGUCUUGGAAAUGUUUUACCUAUUAACAAAGGGGAUGAAAAUCUCUUAAUUUUAUUUUUAACUACACCAUUAUAGAUUCUAAAGUAGCAUUUAUUCUAACCAAUCAAAAGCUGAAUAUACUUAAUAAGUUAUAUAACAAUUACAUGACACCAAGAUAUCAUGUCAGAAGCAUUUCAGUUACUGAAAUAUACAGACACAAAGGAACUACAGGUUAUCUUCUUGGUCUAUAUGGAACAUGUAAUUACCUUUGGGAUUGAAACUUAAAUUCAUGCUGAACUCUAUCCAAUAAAUCCCCUUUCUUAUUUAGUUACCAGUGUGUUUUAUGUCUUGCAUAUAUGAAAUCCUAAUUUCCUGGGGUUGAUAAUAACCUGUGAUUUUAAAUCAUUUUUGAAAUUGUUACUAGUAAGAUUUCAUUCAAAUGCUGUGUACUGGUACUCAAU